UUCCGGUUCCUCCAUAAUGGGUAUAGAUAUAUGCCACAAGUAUGACCGUAAGGUCCGACGGACAGAACCUAAAAGUCAAGACAUUUAUUUGAGACUUUUGGUCAAACUUUACAGAUUCUUGGCCCGCCGAACGAAUGCCAAGUUUAACAAGAUCAUCCUGAGAAGGCUUUUUAUGAGCAAAACUAACAGGCCACCAUUGUCCCUGUCUAAGCUGACUCGUUUUAUGAAGAAGCCAGAUCGUAAUGGAAAGACCGCUGUAGUAGUUGGCACUAUUACCGAUGACGUGCGCCUCAUGCAGAUACCCAAGAUGAAGAUUUGUGCUUUGAAAGUGACUGAGCGUGCCCGCGGCAGGAUCCUGAAGGCUGGAGGCAAGAUUAUAACAUUUGAUCAGCUUGCAGUGAAGGCGCCAAAAGGACAGAACACUGUUCUCAUUCAGGGACCGCGGAAGUCCCGUGAUGCCUACAGACAUUUUGGCCGUGCUCCUGGCGUGCCACACAGCAGCACUGCCCCAUACGUGCGUUCGAAGGGCAGGAAGUUUGAGAGAGCCCGUGGACGUAGACACAGCCGUGGUUACAAGAACUAAAAUCUGUUAUGUUGAAAAAGACACUGCAGAAAUAAAUGAAGAAUGAACGCAG